GAGCGCAUCCCGCCCCCGCCCCCACCCACGCCACCGCCGCCGCCGCCGCCGCUGCCGCUGCUCACGCACUCCGAGUCUCUGGCCUCGCUGCCUGAGGCGGGGGCGCUGCAGGCGCGUGUGCGCCGGCCGCCUUCGCGCUGCCACCCGCGCUCCUGCCGUCCCGGUGUACGUCGGCGCGCACCUGCGUCCGCAUCCGGCUCCGGACGCUUGCAAUCUUAGUACGACCCAACCUGGAGGGCUAAUUGCAGACCUCCACAUGUUGGACCAUGGGAUUCCAUAGAGAAUGAGCCUCCCAGUCUUCUUCCAUCAGUAAGCCGUUCUUCCCAGCUGCUCUCCUACCAUCCGCUGUCCUCAUGUCUACCAUACUCCUGAAUUUGGACUUUGGGGAACCUCCAAAAAAGGCGUUUGGAGGAAAUGCCAAGCACCAACGUUUUGUGAAGAAGCGACGGUUCUUGGAACAGAGAGGAUUUCUGAAGAGAAAUAACCAACCCCCUAGCAAGGUGUCUAAAUUGCACUCAGAACCUCUAAAGAAAAGGGAAGCGUCUUCAAAAGUAGAUGGCAUUUUGAAGAUCCUUCCAUGCCCAAAAAAGAAGGAGGCAGCUGCCUCCAAGAGGGAGUCAGAGCAGUCCACAGACAAGAAAGCAUCAUUGUCUUGGCUGACCCCUCCUCCUUCAAAGAACACUGAUUCUGUUGUGGCUAAAAUCGAUUUGCUAGGGGAGUUUCAGAGUGCCCUUCCAAAGAUUAAGAGUCGCUCAGCUCACGCUCAGAAGAAGGGCUCCAAGAAGAAGCCCUUGAAGAAAGAUGCCACAGAGAAUUCCACCCAAACUUCUUCAGAGAGUAAGGGCUCCAAGAAGCCCGCACAGAAGAGUGCUGCACAGAACUCCACCCAAGCUCCUCUGGAGAAUAAAGGCUCCAAGAAGAAGAAGAAGAAGUCCUCGAAGAAAAGUGCAGCGCAGAAAUCCCCCGACGCUCGUUCAGAGGACAAGUGCCUUAAAGUCUCCCAAAACUCGCCAGGGAAGAUGGUGGCAGUUGACUGUGAAAUGGUGGGCACAGGACCCAAGGGGCAUGUUAGUUCCUUGGCCCGAUGCAGCAUUGUGAACUACAAUGGAGAUGUGCUUUAUGAUGACUACGUCCUCCCCCCCUGCCAUAUCGUGGACUACCGGACCAGAUGGAGUGGCAUCCGAAAGUGCCACAUGGCUAAAGCUACACCCUUUAAGAUUGCUCGGAGUCAGAUCUUGAAGAUACUCAAGGGGAAGAUAGUGAUCGGACAUGCCAUCCACAAUGACUACAAAGCCCUACAGUACUUUCAUCCCAAGUCCCUCACCCGAGACACUUCCCAAAUACCGCUCCUCAACCAGAAGGCUGGCUGCCCAGAGAAUGUCACUUUGUCAUUGAAGCACCUCACCAAGAAACUGCUGCAUCGGGACAUCCAGGCUGGAAAAAGUGGACAUUCCUCAGUGGAAGAUGCCCAGGCCACCAUGGAGCUGUACAAGUUGGUUGAAGUUGAAUGGGAACAGCACCUGGCCCAGAAUCCUCCAGAAAAUUAGCAAUCCCAGGGAGACACACGCAGUAGCCCAUUCCACAGUUCUGCCAGCUGCACAUCUGCAGAAAUUAGAAUUGUUGAAGAGAGGGACUUCACCAGAGACUUAAUACCCAUUGAAAUUUCAUCUCAGCUGCUGUGGUCGCUGUGUGUUAAGUGCCUGAUGGAAGGGAAGCCCACCUCUGGGCCAGUCAGGUGGCACAGGCCUGUCAUCUCAGAUACUUGGGAGGUUGAGACAGGUUUUAAAUUUAAGGUCAGCCUGGGCUACAAAAUUAGUUCAAGAUAUCCUAACAUAAAAAAGAGGGUCAGGAGUAAAGCUUAGUGCUAGAGCAUGUACCUAGCAUACACAAGGUUCAGUAUCCAGCAGGGGAGUAGGAGAGGGCGGGAAGGAUGGAAUAGGACGUGAUGUAUCACAGAUGGCUUACUUUUUUAAUAGUGCUAACCACAUGUCCCAGAGUGCUUGUGCCCAUCAGCUUUCUUGACUUUGAGGAAGCAAGGCACACCAUAGAGUACAGAUUCUCACAUUAUUUUAUCUGUGGGACACAUAACAUAGAUGUGUCUCCCUUCGGUGGGGAGCGGACUAAAGGGGUUCUUGUAUUGCCAAGGUUGGCCUCAAACAGUUGUGCUCAAAGGACUUCUUCCUCAGCCCCUGAGUAACUGGGACAUGAGUGUUCACCUCUGUGCCUGGUUCUUUGAAUUUUAUGUUUUUUGUUAUAAAGUAAUUAAUAAUAUCCUUUCACUUCAGAAGUGUCCUGUGGAGGUAGGCAUGGUGGGCUGUAAUCCCAGGACUCUGGAAGCCAAAGCAGGAAGAUCAAAAGUUCAAGGCCAGUCUCAAUACAUAGAAAAGCUCUGGCUCAUAGAAGUAGAGAAGAAAUGGAUUGUGUGGCCGGAUGCUAAAUUGUAUAGCCACAUUACAUAGCACAGAAUAAGAGUUUACUUAAUUUAGGUUCUGGUUAGUUGACAAAGGAUUUACAUUGUUUUAAUAGUCUUUCAGUCUUUCACCUUGCAAAUGGAACCUUUUAAAAAUUCAAAUGAUUCUUUUUAUGAAUUUUUAUAAUAGAAAACUAGUGGGUUUUUUCAUAAAGAUUAUUUUUAUUUUA